UCUGACUCUCUCUAAUCUCUCUCUGGAAAUCAGAAGUUUCCUUUGAAAAGAAGGGAACAAGCAAUGGAGAACAGAGGAAGUUCAAAGAUGAACAUCGCCAUCAUUCAUCCAGAUCUCGGAAUCGGAGGAGCUGAAAGAUUAAUUGUUGAUGCGGCCAUGGAACUUGCAUCUUAUGGGCACAAUGUUCAUAUUUUUACUUCACACCAUGACAAAACUCGAUGUUUUGAGGAGACACUGGCAGGUACCUUUCCUGUUACAGUGUAUGGUUCUUUCCUCCCCCGGCAUAUUUUCUAUCACCUACAUGCAGUAUGUGCAUAUCUGAGGUGCAUUUUUGUUGCUCUCUGUGUGUUGUUCAUGUGGCCGUCGUUUGACGUUCUACUUGCAGAUCAAGUCUCUGUAGUCAUUCCAUUGAUGAAACUGAAAAAGUCAACCAAGGUUGUAUUCUAUUGCCAUUUUCCGGAUAUGUUGCUGGCUCAACACACAACUCUUCUUAGGAGGAUAUACCGAAAACCUAUUGACUUCAUAGAAGAAAUAACAACUGGCAUGGCAGAUUUGGUUCUUGUUAACAGCAAAUUUACGGCAUCAACUUUUGCAAAUACAUUUAAGCAUCUUGAUGCACGAGGAAUCAGACCAGCUGUGCUUUACCCAGCAGUGAAUGUAGAUCAGUUUGCUGAACCCCAUGCUUUUAAGUUGAAUUUUCUCUCCAUCAACCGUUUUGAAAGGAAAAAGAACAUAGAUUUAGCAAUAUCUGCCUUUGCCAUGCUUCACGCCCUUGAAGGAGACGUUCUUCAAGGUCAUAAUCUGGCCGAUGUUUGCUUGACUGUUGCAGGUGGCUUUGAUAAACGCCUUAGAGAGAAUGUAGAGUACUUGGAGGAAUUGAAAAGCUUAGCAGAGAGGGAAGGAGUUUCUCACCGUGUUAACUUCAUCACAUCUUGCUCCACAGCUGAAAGGAAUGCACUUCUCUCCCAAUGCCUAUGCGUUCUUUAUACACCGAAGGAUGAACAUUUCGGCAUUGUUCCCUUGGAGGCAAUGGCAGCCCAUAAACCUGUUAUUGCAUGCGAUAGUGGAGGGCCAAUUGAGACAAUUAAGAGCGGUGAGACGGGGUUCCUUUGCAGCCCUAACCCACGUGAGUUUUCUUUGGCUAUGGCAAAAUUCCUUCAGGAUCCGCAAAUGGCAGAGAGAAUGGGUAGAGAAGCCCGGCAGCAUGUAACUGAAUCAUUUUCUACAAAGGUAUUUGGCCAUCGGUUGAAUCGAUAUCUUGUUGAUAUAGCUAGGGGAAAGAGGGAGUGAGGACUGCCAUAAGAGUUACGUUUCAUCACUCCUUUUUAGUUAAUGGAGAAAUUAAGUGCCUCAAAAGGAAAAUAUGGUGCUAAAAUACUUGUUAAAAAAGAUUUUUUUUUUUGUUUGGACACACUUCUCAUGCAUGGAUUGGUAUGUUUUUUGGGUGGAACUGCUGUACUUGUUCAUCAUUUUUGCAGUUUGCAAAAAUUUCCAUCUUUUGUUGGGCAAAAGAUGCAGGAAGAUAAUGUACAGCUUAAGCACUAACAAUGCUUUCUAAUGAGACUUACCACUGAAAUGAUUGAUAAA